UACAACAUAAGCCUGAUGGCGAGAGUAAUAUGUAUACAUUCAAAGAAAUAACUUCGAAAAUAAGCUUAUUCAUCUGAGCAUUUCAUCAUGAGCUCUCAUGAAAGCGGCACAGAGUCCGAGGUAGACAAUGAUUUGACUGUGGAAAGUAUUAAAACAAUUUCUAGCUCAUAUGGCAUAACAAAACUCACAGAUGAUGCACUCCAGUAUCUUCUGGACGAUGUCAACUUUCGUCUGAAAGAAGUUUCCCAGGAUGCACUGAAAUUUAUGCACAAAGCCAAAAGAAGAAAACUAUGUACAAGUGACAUUGAUAAUUCUUUAAGAGUGCGAAAUGUUGAGCCUUUGUGUGGAUUUUUAUCUUCUGAUUUCAUACCAUUUCGUUUUACAAGUGGAGGUGGCCGAGAUCUAUAUUUUUAUGAUGAUCCCGAAAUGGAGUUAAGUAAGAUCAUUUCAACACCAUUGCCUAGACUGCCACUGGAUAUCUCCCUUAAAGCUCACUGGUUGAGUGUUGAAGGUGUUCAACCAGCCAUCCCAGAGAAUCCUCCUCCAGUAACUCUUGAAGUACAGUCAAAAGAUGUUAUGGAAAAAGCACCAAAGAUGAAACUAAAAGAGAGUAGAUUAUCUUCGAGCACGACAGCUAAAUCCACGACCAUUGAGACGACAACUACAAUGACAUCCAAAAUGCAGUCGAAAUGGUUAGCAAAAAGCAAUAGCUCUUCCGCUACACCUUCUGAUAAACUCAAACCGUUAAUUACGCACGAACUCUCUGUUGAACAGCAACUGUAUUAUAAAGAGGUAACGGAGGCAUGUGUGGGAUCUUCUGAAGCUAAACGUGCCGAAGCCUUACAAAGCCUAUCGACCGAUCCUGGCUUAUAUCAGAUGCUACCUCGAUUUUGUACGUUUAUCUCUGAGGGUGUUAAAGUAAAUGUUGCUCAACGCAACAUGGCUGUUCUAAUAUACCUUAUGCGUAUGGUGAAAUCUUUGCUAGAUAACACUUCUCUUUUCCUCGAAAAAUACCUUCACGAACUUAUACCUGCUGUGGCGACCUGUGUAAUAAGCCGUCAACUUUGUACAAAACCCGAAACUGACAAUCAUUGGGCGCUGCGAGAGUUUGGAUCCAAAUUAUUGGCCCAAAUAUGCAGAACCUUUAGUACUUCGACGAAUAAUAUUCAGCAACGUAUUACGAAAACGUUGUGUAAGGUUCUUCAAAGUGUUAAAGCACCGUUAGCUAGCCACUACGGUGCAAUAGCUGGGCUGGCUGAAAUGGGAACAGAGGUGUUAAAGGUCCUAGUUGUUCCAUUUCUAAAGACGGAAGCUCAGCUGAUAAAAAAUGCCCUUAGCGGACAUGAUCUCAGAGAGAAAGCAGCCGCCGAGCACCUUCAAGCUGUCAUUUUGAAACAUAUUCCGACGACAAUACUUCAAAUGCGACCAAAUCAAGAUAAACAAGAGCAAUUCGAAAAAGAAUACGGAUAUCUUGGUCCCUCAUUAUUCACGAAAGUUUCUCAAUUGCGUCAAACUAUCAUGACUGCUGCUGCAAAAUCAGGUCAAAGACCUUUAUUGACUGCACCGUCGACGUCAAAGCAAGUCGUCUUGAAGCUCAUGAUGCCAAAUACAACAUCGUCUGGAUCAGCACCAACAACCCCCACAACCCCGUUAACACCAUUAACUCCACUCUCGGCCACCUCAGGCAGUAAUGUGUUAUCAUUAGGUAGGUCAAUGACGUCACCAGUUGUGGUGACUGUACGGCCUCCGCUAAAAAGUCCUUCCGUGGUCUCCAUUUCCGGUAAGCCGCCCACACCGACUACAAAUGUACCUCCAUAAUCAUAAACAAUUAUCACAAUUACUAUAGACAUGAAAAUGUGCAAGACAUGAAAAUGUGUGUUACUAGUGCAUUAUUGUUUUGGAUAUUAUCUUUGGGUUUUUGUGAUUAAGUAUACAAACAAACUGUGCAUACUAUAAAUUGAGCGCAAAAACCAGAAAUGUAUAUAACAGCAUGCCUUUGUACUAACAACUCUCGAAAUCACGACAAUUGAUACCAAA